AAACAGGAAACAGGAGAAGGGGGAAAAAAAUAAUGGUUGGAGUGGACACAAUACCCCCCACCCAGCUUUCCCCCCGACCCCAACCACAACCUGACGGAGGGGGAGGGGGGCGGCUACCCACAUGGGGGGGCGAGGACAAUGCAACGUGGCUGGUGGGGGGCAGGAGGCGGGGGGAGGGAGGUGUUGGGGGGAGGGAGGGAGGAAAAUAAUAAUAAGUUUGAUUCAGUCCCCACCUCCUUCUCCCCACCCUCCCUCCCCAACCUUCCCCAUCACAUCAUCCGCCCCUUCCGCUCUCUCACCUCCUCCCCAACCCUCCCCUCCCCAUCUCCCCCUCCCUCCCCUCCCUUCAGCCACAUCCCACCCUUCCGCUCCCCGUCCCCCUCCCCCUUCUCCCCAACCCACGCCUCGUCCAUCACCCACUCCCCAACCCUCUCCUCCACCCUCCGCGAGCUCUCCCCCUUCCCCUCCCCAGGCUCCUCCCCCUCCGCCUCCCCGACUCUCCCCAAUGAUCUCUCCCCAUCUCAUUUUCACUCUCCCAACUCUCACUCCCUUAAGACCGUCUGUAACCCCUUCCCCUCCCCUUCCCCCUCUCCUCCCCCCUCCCCAAGCCUCGCCCCCUCGGAGUUAGCCCCCCUCGGAAGCAGAAGAAAAGUAGGGAACCGCGGACUCCUAACACGUUGCAGACUGCCUGAGGGGAUGCCUUGCCUGCCCCCCGCCCUCCCCCCAUACGCCAGACGCCCCACGCCCCCUCUCCCCCCUCUGGCGCUCACCUGCGAAGGGCCGCGAGGGGAGGGAGGGGCGCGAGGACCCUCUUUCUUCACUGACCUCUGUGGUUUGUGGCCUGACCUUAUUGUCCGGCUGGCCCAUGACAUCACCCUGGAGUCCCCGUCCCCAGAAGACGCCCCGGAUCCCCCAGACCCCCCCAGCAAAGGCCCUGGGGGUAUUGGUGGGGGCCCUGGGGGAAUUAGGGAGCCGCCUGAGGGGAAGUGCUGUUCGGAUGAGGACCACUGUUGCCCCCAAUUGGUAGGGGAGCAAACCCAGGGGCUCGUACCAUCCCCAGCACCAGAGUCUCCCCCAGGGGCCGGCCUCCCCCAUGGUAUACAAGCCUCCCCCAGCCCUAUAUGUGGCAGUCCAGCUCCCCGGAGGCCUCACCCCCACUCCAGUGCACCGUUAGCCCCUUCAGGCCCCUCCAGCAUGGAUAGCGUGGGGAGUGGAGACCUGGGGGAUGUGAGUACUGGGGAGUUUUUCAGUGGGGAGCUGGAUGAGUUGGAGGGCGGCCGCGGCUCCCCCACUGGGAUCGACGGGGAGCUGGAAGGCGAGGAGGACCCCCACGGCGCCCCCCAGUGGGAUCCUCGCCCCGGGGAGAGGAAAAGGAGACGUCUUCCUGAGAUACCCAAGAAUAAGAAGUCCUUCAGCACGGCGACCAUCCGGGCUCUGCGCACCCCGAACCUGGCGGAGGAGCUGCAGGAGGCGGAGUCAGGCGUGGCGUCCCGGAGCAGCACGCCCGAUGUGGCAGCCCCGCCCACGCCCCAGCACCACGCCCACGCCUCCUCCGACGCCGCCAAUCCUAUCCUCGUGCUGAAGUGCCACGCCUUCGUCCGGGACGACAGCUCCUCCCCAGACUCUGAGCUUCGCCUCCCCGCCACGGACAUCGACUCAGGACACUCCACGCAGCAUUCCCCCGAUGGCCCCAAGUCAAUGUCCCCGCUGGCCACUGUCAAUGGCUCCCUCUCCCCAGGUUCCCCCAGCAGCGGCGGGGUGCCCUUCUCUCAGUUGAGCCUGCUGGAAGCCACACACCGGGGGCUCUACCGCUUCAUCCCCAGACACCACGACGAGGUUCACAUUGAGAUUGGUGACCCUGUUUACGUGCAGCGGGAGGCGGACGACCUGUGGUGUGAGGGCGUCAACCUCAGGACAGGCCGCCAAGGAAUCUUCCCUGCAGCACACGUGACAGAUGUGGAUUAUUCAGACUUCGACCCCACAGUGCCCAAGGUGAAGAAGGAACGGUACCUGCUGAGUUACCUGGGCUCCAUUGAAACGCUGUGUCAUAAGGGGAACCAGGUGCUGUGUCAAGCGGUGAGAAAGAUCGCAGGGGGAGAGGAGUCGGCCCAGCACCCCCACCCCUGCAUCCUGGAAGUGUCUGAUCAGGGCAUUCGUAUGGUGGACAAGAGGAAGCCAGCGCCCAAUCAAGCGCCCUGUCACGACUACUUCUACCACCUCAAGCACGUCUCCUUCUGCGCCUUCCACCCCAAGGACCACCGCUACUUCGGAUUCAUCACCAAGCACCCCACCAGCCAACGCUUCGCCUGCCACAUCUUCAAGAGUUCCGACAGCACCAGACCUGUUGCCGAGGCCGUGGGACGCGCCUUCCAGAGAUUCUACCAAAAGUUCAUUGAAACAGCAUACCCAAUUGAAGAUAUUUACCUGGAAUAGCAUCGUCACCCCUCAGCCUCACCCCAGCGUCACCCCGUCACCCCAGGACCAACCCAGCGUCACUCCAGCGUCACCCCAUCAGCUCCCCAUAGAGAGAAACAGCUGCUGGGGUGAGAGAAGAAGUGGUGGAGGGGUGGAGGUGCAACUUUUGUCUGGUAACACUGCAGAUAUUUCAAAAGGCGACUGGAAAGAAGUGGCCUUGUCGACAGAGAGAGAGAGAGAGAGAGAGAGAGAGAGAGAGAGAGAGAGAGAGAGAGAGAGAAUAAUAA